AUGCUGUUAUCAUGUAAUAAAGUAGAAACUCGACUUUUAGAUGGUAGCGAUAAUAAUCAAAAUAAUCCAGCUUCGGGUACUCCGCAACAAAAUUUUCAAGCGAAAUAUCCUCCUGAACCUUUUUUUGGUCCAGACGGUGAUUCGAUGAUAAAAUGUCCUUCUGACAUUAUUAACGACGCUGACCUAACACAAAAACCACCUAAUUGUGCAGAUCCACUACCACCUGAUACUUAUCCAAUGCCAAGAUGUAUUUCUAACAUUUUAGCAAAUUAUCGUUUGGGCAAGUUUGAUAUUGGGAAAGCAAUGAGUUAUCGAUCUAAAAGACGAACUAGUCAUUUGACUACUUUUUUUGCUGAAUUUGUUGGUUAUGAUCUUAUCAGUUCAUCAAAUAAUGUUAAAUCAGAUCAUCAACUGUAUAUACCAUCUGAUGACAAAACGUAUAAUUCAUAUUCAUAUAGUUCAUUACCAGGUCAAUUAAGCGAUCUUAGGUUUUUACCUUUUAAUCGAUCAGAUUUUCUUAAUACUACUACACAAAAAUCCAAGCGCACUAGUUACAAUAAUUUAACUCCUUUUCUGGACUUGAGUCCUAUUUAUGGUGUCACUGCUGAAAAUGCAAAAAGUCUUCGUGAGGGUAAUAGAGGAAAAUUGAAGACCAGUGGAAAUGUGGCUGAUCCCUACCCAUUCAAAGAUCCAACAACAGGAAAUUAUGUCCUUGGACCUGUUGGAGCACGAUCAAAUAAUAUUUUUACGAUGGCCGUUCAGACAAUUUGGCUGCGUGAACAUAAUAGAUUAUGUGAUGAUCUCUAUGAAAAAAAUAACACGUGGACUGAUGAUCAAUAUUUUGAAGAGGCUAGGAAAUGGAAUAUUGCAAUAUAUCAAAAAGUUGUUACGGAAGAAUACCUUGGUGUCAUACUGGGUAAACAACUGCCACCAUAUCAAAAAUACGACCCAGAUCUAACUCCUGGGAUUGAUGUUUUUUUUUCAACAGUAACAUUCAAAUAUGGUCAUAGUGAAUUGAGUGAUUUUUUUCGAAUUCAAGAUGAAUAUGGUAGCACGAUCAUGGAAUUACCAUUACAAAAUGUUACAGAUACGAGUUUACUGGAAAAAUUUGGUGUAGCAAGAUUGUUGAUAUCAUUGUCUUUACAAUAUCAAGAAGAAUCUGAUGUAUAUUAUUCUGAUGCAACAAGAAAUAUUAAUUCACCUGAACCAAACACUUAUGAUCUUGCAGCAUUUGAUGUUUUAAGGGCUAGGGAUAGAGGAAUUGGAUUAUAUAAUGACGUUCGUCAGGCAUACGGUUUAAGUAGGAAAGAUUCGUGGGAAAGCAUAACUUCAGUUAAGGAAAUACAGGAUUAUCUAAAUCAAUUGUAUCCUAAUGGUCCUAAUCAAUUAGAAGCUUCGGUUGGAAUAAAGGUUGAAGAUAAUUUAAGUAAUUCAAACUUUGGCGAACUGAUGAAUGCUAGUAUGGUCACCCAAUUUAUGGCUAUUAGAGAUUCAGAUAGAUUUUGGUGGGAGAACGAAGAGAAUGGCUUGUUUACUGAUCAAGAAAGAUCCACUGAGCUUAGAAAUAAAACAACAUUUAGAGAUAUUAUUAUACGUAAUUUAGAUAUUACUUUUCAAGAAGCAAUCCCACAAAAUAUCUGGACAGUUCAACCACCACAGAAAUUGCCUGAUUCACCAUCAAAAUACUCUGGUCAUAUUGAUUUAUGGCCAUCAGCAUAUGUUAUUAGUUAUGAAAUUGUUGAAAAUUAUAUUAAUUUUCAAGUUCAAAUACUAACUACAGGUGGUAAUGCAUGGUUUGGAAUGGGAUUUGAUCCUAAUGACAAGGGUGGAAUGAUUGGUGCAGAUUUCGUAAUUGGAAUUAUUUCUAAUGGAAAUCUAUCAUCUUUAUCAAAUUAUCAAUCCAAUCCAACUGAUUACAGACCUCCUAUACCUUACGGUGAUGAUUCAGAUUUAAAAUUAAUUAAUUAUACGCCUCCUGAUAAGGAUGAUUUUGCAAUUGUUGAAUUCUCAAGAUUAUUAGUACCUAAUGGGAAAAAAGGGAUUACAAAAGGAUAUACAAAAUAUAUUUUGGCUUAUAACCCUACAAGUUCAAUACUUUCAUAUCAUCAAAAUAAUCGUCGAAGGACAUUGGUUGAUUUUUACAAUAACCAAAUUUCUUCAUCUGUACCUGAAAAUCAAAGAUUAGUGAAAUUAGCUCAUGGUAUUGGAAUUGUUAUAUUUCCUGCUUCUAUUUUUAUUGUAAGAUAUUACAAACAUACAAAUAGUUACAUCAAUAUACAUCGAUUUCUACAAUUGUUUGCUACCAUUUGUAUUUGUGGUUUUGGUGCAGCAGCUAUUGCAUCAACAAUUAAUCCAAGCUCAAUCCAUGCAUGGCUUGGAACAUCAGUGUUUGGUUUGUUAUUUAUUGAACUUGGAUCAGGUCUAAUAUCAAUUUGGGGUCAAGUGGCAAUAGUCUCAGUUAACCAGGGAUAUCCUAGACUUCUUAAAAGAAUUCACAGAUUUUUUGGAUUUUCUUUAUUGGCAUCUGCCUGGACAAGUGUGUAUUUUGGAAUUGAUAUAUAUUGUUUACUUUAUGGAUUUGAAUCAUAUUAUUAUAAAAUUGCAUAUCUUAUAUGGAUUGGUAUAGUAAUAGCAACAUUUAUAUUUGAAGAUUAUGAUAAACUACCAGAAUUUACAUGGAAUGAAGUUAAUGAGCGUGUUCAACAUGGUGCAUAUUUAGUAGUUUGUGAUGGGUUUAUUGUUAACAUGAGAAAAUGGAUUAGGGUGCAUCCUGGUGGAGCAAAAAUUCUUGAACGUGUCAUAGGAACAGAUAUAACAAAUGAUUUUUUUGGUUAUAAGGGUAAAGAUAUCAUUGAGUUUAUUGAUUUACCAGAAAUAAAAUCUGUUCCAACUGGCUAUUCGCCAUCAAUAUUAGGGCAAUACUCUGAUAUUUUACUUGAGAGAACCAAAAAAUACACAACUGGAAAAAAUUCUGUUGCACAAGUUGUUGAUGAUAUGAAUGUUAAAUAUUUCUUAAAGGCUCCUUUGGCUAUACACCCACAUAGUUUGUUUGCAAUUAAGAAAAUAGCAACAAUGAUUGUGGCAAAAUUAAAAGAAAACCCAACUGUUGAAUCACAACCUGCACCAAUAUUUGGUCCAACAAAUGUAGCUGAUGGAGGAGGAUUAAGUGAUGAGGAAAUGGCUAAACAAGACACAGCAUUUAGAGUAAAGUUUCGCAGAUACAAACUGACAAGUAAAGUGCCUAUCAAUGGCAGCAAUAAAUUUCCAGUGAUGAAAUUCACACUCACAAUAGUGCAUCAAAAUGAAGGCGAAGCUUAUAACAAUCAUCAUCAUAAAUUGAAAUUUUUGCCAGGACAUUAUAUUGAAGUGCAAUCAAGAAUUAAAGGUCAAGUGGUAAUCAGAAGCUAUACACCAAUAGAAGGUAACAUCGCUAAAAGUUUUAGCAUUUUUGUUAAAGUGUAUCCAGAUGGAUUAAUGUCAAAACAUUUGAGUGAACAAUUAAAAGGAUAUGAGAUUCAAGUGAGAGGACCAUUUGAUGUUGGAGACAGAAAAAAUUUACAAACAUCAAUGUUAUCCCAGGCUGUUGAUUCAGCAUCGCAACAUAGAAAAUCAAGCUCAUCUGCAAAAACUAUUCCAUCAUUCAUAUCUUCAUCAACAAGUUCUUUACUUAAUCCUAAUACUCCAGAUGGCCAUUGGCAUGAAUUAUUCAUGAUUUGCGGUGGCACUGGAAUCACGCCAAUGUUACAAUUGAUAACAUAUCAUUUGGAAUUAUGUAUGAGGCGUAGUCAUGCAUCAACAAUACGUAAUAAAAGAGUAUCAAUGCAUUUGUUAUAUGGCAAUCGUAAAAUAGAGGAUAUAAUUAAUGGUGUAGAACUAGAAGAAUAUCGACUAAGUAGUAGGGACAUGUUAACUAUAACAUAUGCACUAAAUGAACCACCUCAAGUUUGGUCAGGAAAAAAUGGUAAUAUUGAUAAAGAAAUGAUUUCAGAUUGUUCUCCUACUAGCCCUACCAGUCCUACUACUCCACAACCAUUGAAAAAUCAUUCAUCACAUGGUGGUUCAUUAACAUCAUCAACUAAUAGAAAUAAGAGGCCAAGUAUUAUAGACUUUACAAAAAAUGACAAUACAGCAAAUACAACAAAUUCACCAGAAUAUUUAACAAUGACACCACCUCCACAAUCAUCAACUCCCUUAUCAAUUAAUAAUUCAAUAAUUGAUACAAGACCAGGUUUGUCAUCUGUAAAUGAUGACAAUUUUAUUAGUAAAGGAUAUAGUAAUAGCAUUACUACUAUUACUGCCAAUAAUAAGAAAAAGUCUAAACUUGAUCCUAACAGUAAAAUAAUGGUUUGUGGACCAGCAGAUAUGAUAAAUGUUGUUGAGCAAUCAUUGAAAAAUCUAGGUUAUACUGAGGAAGAUUUUAUAUUAAUAACAUAG